CCCCUUUAUUUGCUGGUGUGUAUGUGUGUGUGUCUGUGUAAGAUCAUAACCUAAUGUAAUUCCUUCACUACCUCUCGCGGAUGGGGAACAUUAUAAGGGCAUUAAAAAACCGCAUACGCGCGAGAGGAGCGGAACCGCACGACUGCUCGAGUCUCGGGGCGAGGGAAGCGUGCUCGUGCUGUCGUGCAGGCUCAUCCGCUUGGCACGAGCCUCGAGCUUUAGCUGCAGCAGUUCGACGCGCCGCCUAACCUGUCCCGCGCGUGAUUGGCUCGGGCUGCUGUCAAUCACGUCACCAGUCCCGUUAGAUUCGGUGUGACCUGGCAGCGUCUGCGCCGUCGUACGCGCGAGGAGCGGAGACUCAACUCGCCGGACGCUCGCGCUGUUGACGUGCUUGCCGCCCGGGUCCUCGCGGUCGGACCACGCGAUGCGCCACGCAAGCGCGGACCUUUAGGCGACUGACACGGUAAAGCGCCGUACACCGGAGCCUGAGUCGCGCGCAGCAGGACAGUAGAUAAUGGGGUGUGUGCAGUGUAAAGAUAAGGAGGAAGCUAAGAUAACAGAUGAUCGAGCUGCUAGCCAGUCCCAGAGUGGGGGCGUGGCCUAUCGGUAUGGGGGUGACUCCGCCCCCCAGCCGUACCCUGCCUUUGGAGUGACAGCCAUUCCCAAUUACAACAACUUCCAGGCUGCAGGAACCUCCCAGAGUGUGUCCGUGUUCGGAGGGAUCAACACAUCAGCACACACCGGGACUCUACACACACGAGGAGGAACAGGUGUAACACUCUUUGUAGCGUUGUACGAUUACGAGGCUCGGACUGAAGAUGAUCUCAGCUUUCAGAAGGGAGAGAAGUUUCAAAUCAUUAACAGCACUGAGGGUGAUUGGUGGGAAGGUCGCUCUCUCACUACUGGAGGAACUGGCUACAUUCCUAGUAAUUACGUUGCCCCUGUUGACUCCAUACAGGCAGAGGACUGGUACUUCGGUAAGCUGGGCCGUAAGGAAGCUGAGAGGCAGCUCUUGUCAGCAGGCAACCUGCGUGGUACCUACCUCAUCCGCGAGAGCGAAACCACAAAAGGUGCCUUCUCCCUGUCUAUCCGAGACUGGGACGAUGUGAAGGGGGACCAUGUCAAGCACUAUAAGAUCCGUAAGCUGGACAGUGGGGGAUAUUACAUCACCACCCGUGCCCAGUUUGAGACGCUGCAGCAGCUGGUUCAACAUUACUCAGUGCAUGCGGACGGUUUGUGCUAUCAUUUAACGGCAAUGUGUGAGACCUACACACCAGAGACGGUGGGUCUUACCCAUGAUGCCUGGGAGAUCGGACGCCAGUCCCUGCAGCUGGAGGUGAAGCUGGGGGCGGGGUGCUUUGCUGAUGUCUGGUGUGGCACCUGGAACGGCACCACCAAGGUUGCAGUGAAGACUCUGAAACCAGGCACCAUGUCUCCAGAGUCAUUUCUCCAGGAGGCCCAGAUCAUGAAGAAGCUCAGACAUGACAAGCUGGUGCAGCUCUAUGCUGUCGUCUCAGAGGAGCCCAUCUAUAUCGUCACCGAGUACAUGAGCCAAGGAAGUCUUCUGGAUUUCCUGAAGGAUGGAGAAGGACGAGCCCUGAAGCUGCCCAACCUUGUUGACAUGGCUGCCCAGGUGGCUGCUGGCAUGGCCUACAUAGAGAGGAUGAACUACAUUCACAGAGAUCUACGCUCAGCUAACAUCCUGGUGGGAGAUAAUCUGGUGUGUAAGAUCGCUGACUUUGGUCUGGCCAGACUGAUCGAAGACAACGAGUACACCGCCAGACAAGGUGCAAAGUUUCCCAUUAAGUGGACAGCCCCUGAGGCUGCCCUCUACGGCAGGUUCACCAUUAAAUCAGACGUCUGGUCCUUUGGGAUCCUUCUCACGGAGCUGGUGACAAAAGGGCGAGUGCCCUACCCAGGUAUGAAUAACCGCGAGGUGUUGGAGCAGGUGGAGCGGGGCUACAGGAUCCUGUGUCCUCAGGACUGCCCCCAGUCUCUACAUGAACUCAUGAUGCAGUGCUGGAAGAAAGAUCCGGAAGAGCGUCCGACCUUCGAGUACCUGCAGGCCUUCCGAGAUUACUUCACCGCCACAGAGCCCCAGUACCAGCCUGGGGACAACCUGUAACUGCCGCUCACCAGCGCCCCCUGCUGUCUGGAGUCGUUGUGCAGCCGUAUGAGCGCUCAGACUCAGAGGACUCAGAGGUCUGAACGGGGCGGGGGGUGCCGUGGAGCCUUGGGUGGCACUGAAAGGCAUUUUGAGUAAUGCCGGAAACAGCAGAGGUGUGAACGCAGUCAGUGUAAAUACGGAACUCCUUUCUGCUCACCUGCUUCCAUUCUGUGUGCUGGUCUGUUUUUUGUUUGUAUGUUUGGUUUCUUUUUGUUUGAUUUGAAUUUUUCCUCCGUGCUCUUUCUGUUUUGCUAACAGUAACCAUGGAGAUGCUGUAAUAAUGAAGUGACGGGUUAGCUGAAGGGUUAAAAGGCAUCAGUGACCCUGUGGCAGAUGGGGUCAUGUUUGCAUUGUCCAUGGUGCCUGGACAGGGUCUGUCCAGGGUCUGUCCACUUCCAGAGGUUCAUUGUAAUGCAGGACAAGCAUCACACAGACUUUUUUUGUGAAGUUUUGUUUAUCAUUUGCUCUUUUAAAGCCCUCUUUUAAAGGUGUUUGCCUAAUUCCAGAAGUUAUUUUUAUGACAUGUUGACUUUUGAACCUUUAGUCCAAUGUACAGAAAGACUUUUGAAAGAAAUCAUCUAAAUACAGUGAAACAGGUCUGCCGAACUGAGGCGUCAUCACCAUGGAUACAGAGUGUGGUAGAACACAGACCUGCCUACCAGACUCCACCCCCGUUACCACGACAACCAGACCCCACCCCCGUUACUAUGAUUACCAGCACCUCAACGGAGCUCCACACCCUUAAAAAGUCUCUCUCUCUCUCUCUCUCUCUCUCUCUCUCUCUCUCUCUCCCACUCUCUCUAGCCAUGGUGGAUAUUUUACAUUUUAAGUCCUAAUGGGUUUUUUUUUUUUAAUCCUUUAGGAUUUUUGUCAUAGUAUAUAAUAUUUAACCUAAGACAAGUUUAUUAUUGGAUGGAGGUUUGGCGUUUCUGCUUGUGCGUGGUGUAAGAGUCACCACCCAGGACAUGAGGAUGUGCUUAAGCUCCUUUCACACACUUGCCUUGUCCAUUCAACCUUUUAACAAGAUCCUUUGUUAACACAUUGAUUUGCCAUUUGGAAAUAAAUAUUUUACACUCUA